AUGCCUCCCCAUGUACCGCACAAGCGAUUGCGCACACCAUCGCCAGAUAGCAGCAAUCGUGUUACCCGACAGUCACGUAGGGGCAAGGACAAGCCCCAAGCGGGAACAUCUGUGCCGUCCCGAAAGGCCACUCUAUUUGAUGAUUUAGACACUGGUUCUAAAAUAGGAUCAGCCGAGAAGACCAAAUCCGCCAUGCAACAAAUGCACGAAGAUGUCGCCAGCGAUGACAGCUCUCUCAGUUCGCUCUCGGACGCUGAUUUCGAGAGCAUGCCUAAUCCCAAGCCCCAGAAAGUGAACCACGACUCGGACGAAUCGGAGGACGAGGACGUGGUGUUUGAGGAUGUUCCUUCCCACGAACCGCAGCAGCUAGAGCCUGAGGUCGACGGCGAUCUUGAGUUGACAUUAUACCAAAACAAUCACGUCCCCAUGACUAAUGAGCUGGGGAAGAGGGGCCCUUCGAAAAAAGAGAAAGCCAUCCGUAUGUCGACUCACUGUAUGCACGUCCAGUUUUUACUCUGGCAUAAUGCUGUGCGGAACUCCUGGUGUUGCGAUCAGGAAGUCCAAGCUAUCAUGAUCUCUCACUUACCACCGAGGCUGUGGGACGAGGUGGACCGCUGGAGACGAAAUAGUGGCCUAGAUGUCCUUGGAGACGUCAUAACCCCUUCGGAAGUUAAAACGAGUUCAAGAGGAGGGAAUAGAAGGGGGAAGGGAAAGCUGCCUCCCACAAAGCCAACAAGAGACUGGGGUAGCGCGGCAGACCGACUCGAGAAGGGGGUUCCCGACUUAAGUCACGGCGACCCCCUAUUCAGGCUUAUGAAUUGUCUGGUUUCAUGGUGGAAACAAAGAUUUCGAAUUACCGCUCCCGGACUGCGCAAAUGGGGGUACAUGGAUGUCAGGAGACUGGGCAAGUUGAGGUCAAAUUUCGAAGAAGAAGAACAUGACCCCGACCGUUUCGGGGAGAGGGUGGUGAGCCUCGAAGAGUUCCGGCGGCAUGCCCAGGACUGUGUUGGCAGUCGUGAUGUUGGAUCGCAGCUUUUCACCGCGCUAUUGCGCGGCCUCGGGCUCCAAACACGUCUGGUGGCAAGCAUCCAACCACUUGGAUUCGGAUGGAGCAAGAUCGAGGAAGCAGACGAAGAAAAUCAAGACGGAAAGGCUCAGAAAAAUGCUAGAAAAUCUACCGGAUCUUCGAACCCCGCGAAUGGGAAAAAGAUGCCGCUGGUAAGACCAGCUAUCCGCCGGGCCAGAACGGGUGACAACGAUACGCUGAAGAUGGACUUGGAUGAUUCAGACGAAUACGAGGAGCCUCUGAUGAAUGAAAGCGACGAUGAGUCAGUAAUCGAUAUUACGGAGACCCUCAGCUCAAGACGACCGGAAGCAAAACUCUAUGAUAAGGACCUCGAAUUCCCUCAUUAUUGGUCCGAAGUUUUGUCGCCGGUAACAAAAAGGUUUCUACCCGUCGAUCCCAUCGUUAAGUCCAUCGUGGCUACCAGUAGAGACCUCGUCGAAUCCCUCGAGCCUCGAGGAGGCAAGGCAGACAAGGCGAAACAAGUCAUGGCGUAUUGCAUCGGAUUUUCCCAGGAUGGCACCGCCAAAGAUGUUACAGUACGAUAUCUUAAGAAAAAUAUUUUCCCGGGCAAGACAAAAGGCUUUCGAAUCCCGGAGCAGAAAAUACCAGUGUACAAUAAACAUGGCAAGGUCAAACGAUAUGACCAGUUUGAUUGGUUUAGGGCAGCCAUGCGAGGAUAUAUCCGCGGCGAUAGGAAACACCCGAUCACGGAUGUAGACGAGGAAGAGGAUUCCACCGAUCUCAAGCCCUCAAAGCCGGAGAAGAAAGAGGUCAAGGAAGGAGAAGAGACACUCCAAUACUACAAAACCUCUAGACAGUACGUCCUAGAACGCCAUCUUAAGCGCGAAGAGGCCCUUCUUCCUACCGCCGUCGCUGUGAAGCUGUUUCGAAAUAAGGGGAAAGGGUCCAAAACUGAAGGCGAAAACGUAUAUCUUCGAAAGGACGUGGUGACGGUGAAGAGCGCCGAGACCUGGCACAAGCAAGGGCGUGCCCCCAUAGAAGGUGUCCAGCCACUUAAACAUGCUCCUUACCGAGCUGCCACAACCAACAGGCGAAGGGAGAUAGCCGAAGCCGAAGCAGCGACAGGCCAGAAAGUCAUGCAACCCCUAUACAGUUUCGACCAGACAAACUGGAUCAUCCCUCCCCCUAUUCAGGACGGUAUCAUUCCAAAGAACGAAUACGGCAAUAUCGACAUGUUCGCGGAGCAUAUGUGUCCAGAGGGUGCUGUCCACGUCCCUUAUCGCGGGGUCGUUCGUGUUUGUAAGCGCCUUCAGAUAGAUUACGCCGAGGCCGUCGUCGGGUUCGAAUUCGGCCAUCGGAUGGCUGUUCCCGUCAUCCAGGGUGCCGUCAUCGCUGAAGAGUAUUACGAGCGUGUGUUUGAGGAACUUAAGAAGGAUGAGGCAGAACGGAAAAGAAAGGAAAACGAGAAACGGCGCAAAGAGGUUCUAACCACUUGGCGGAAGUUCCUGAUGGGUCUGCGGGUUGUGGACAGAUUCAGGCAAGAACAUGGGUACCUGGAGGAGCCGGUGGAUGCGUUCGGUCAUGACGACGUAGCAGACGACGAUUUCAGAGUCAUGCGCACACGAGACGAAGAGAUGGCUGGCGGAUUCCUACCUGAAGGACACGAAGAGGAGGAGGGGGAGGAGGAUACAGCCAACGCAGAUGAGAGGCCGCGCGAAACCUCCGGAUUCUUCCCUGCCGCCGAGGAGGAUGAUUCAGACGACGGAAACGACCCCUUCGAGGUAGACUACGGAAAACACGCUGAGGCCGAGGCUCAACUCGCCGAAGAACCCCCCAAGCCCGAGCCUAUACCUACUGCGGCACCUAAAAAGGCGGUCCCCAAACCGAAAGCCAAACCAAAGCAGACCGUUCGGAGGCGAUCUCGGAGGAAGAAGGCGGCCUCUUCCGACGAGGGCGACGAGGACGACGACGACUUUGAGAUCUCUGAUAGUGAAUGA